CAAAAUCAUGAAUUUUUUAUAUAAAAAAAAAACUAAACACAUUUAGUUUACUCUUGUGUUUCAUAAGAAUAUAUAAUUUUAAAAGAAUAGUAUUAAAUCUGUAAAAUUAUAAUGGUUAUAACAAAAGCUAAUAAAAUAGGUUUCCAAUCUUGUGUGAAGCGGUUUGGCAAUAUAAUAUGUCACCCAAAUCUAGACCCGAGUGGCUUGUAUACUACAAGACCUCAUGGCUGCAAUCCGUGCCUAUAUCAUCCGCAGCCCAUUCACAAAAUAUUUGAAGUGAAUAGAAACAGAAAAGAUGAUAAAAACACUUGGAAAUCCAAAAAGGAAUUAGAAGAGUGGGCGAGAAACUUAGGAUACAGAAAUCAAAGUGUUUUAGAGCAGCGAGAAUGGCAACGUUCUUUGCUAGGACCAGCAUGGCAUGUUAUUCCAACAAACACGAAAUAUGAACCAGCUUGUAAAAAUCUUAGUUUUGGAAGAACAUCCCGAAGUCGCCCUUCAAAGAAUGAAAUACCUGGACCGGGUACGUACUACAGAGCUGUCCCCUUUAAAGAACCCUAUGGAUCGCAUUCAACAAGAGCUACUUUUAAUCGCGAAGAACCAUGCCGAUUCAAAGACACUUCUCCGAAAUGGUCAUUGGCGCCUAACCGUUAUAUUAUAGUAGAUAAAGAAUCUAUUGAACAAAAGUCUAAAAAAGUCGUAUCUUUGCGAGGUCCUUACGAUCUUUUUACAGGGAAACGAGAUGGUAGCACCAUAAAAAAUCAUUUUAAUACUUCAUUGAAGUGCGCAGCUGCAACCUGGCCGAUAUCACUUAAAGGUAGCUUGGAAGAAUAUAAGAAAAGCCAUUUUGGUGUUAUGAAUAAAACGAGUAGAAGCCAACCGUGCCGGGGGCGAAAUGCUCUAGUGGAUGUAUCAAUGUGUUUCAAACGUCCGGAAGAGCCAGGUCCGGCACAUUUAAAUAUAAACAAGCCGAGAAUUUUGCAACAGAACAAACAAGGUUUUAACAGUUCAUAUGAUAAGGCCCCUGGGUACCAACGAAUGGUCGUUUGGCCUGCUGUAGGAAGAUAUAAUGUUAAAAAUGUCGACUGUGGCCAGGGGCAUCGUCAUGUGUUCUUGAGCAAGCUGGGGAGGACGAUUGGAGCCAUUUUACAACAACCUAUGAACUCGUUUUAAUUAUUUUAUUCUUCACUAUGAAAAUUUAUUAUCUUGUUGGAUUUAAUAGAUGUAACGUUAUAACAAAAUUAUAUAGUGGUUGCGAUUUUAUAAUGACAGAGGUGCUAAUAUAAAUUUUAUACCACAAUAAAAACUUACUUAAGCUGCUAAGUAAAAAAAAUAU